AUGGCUGACAACCCUACCACGGGUUCUGCUGCUGGCAAUGCCACCGCGAACAACGACGGUGCAGCUGGCAACACUCCCGAAAGCGAAAACAACCCUCAACUCUUGACGGCUGAUAUGCUCAAUAAAGCAGUUGGCAGGCUUGAUAUUAUUGUGGCAAAGCACUUCCAAGGGGGCGCUGACAAACUUCCUGAUGACGCCCAUCACCAAGCCGCCCCGGACGCUCCCUACCUUGGCCUCCGCGAUAGCGACGACAACGGCGACUUCAAACUACGGGAUAAGAUAUCAGCUCUCGAUGAAUAUCUGGCCACCAUUCCCUCCAUGUCGGCAGACAGAGCAUUCCUCCAGGAUAUGAUGCGCACAUACGAUCUAUCAAUGGAAAAUCUAGCACAGGAGGCACAACACUACCCGCUCGAGCUCCGGGGGGCCAUCGCUACCAAUGCAAUGCUAGAGAAGAUGAUGGAGGAAGACCCCAGCAUAACCUCCAAUUUUGACAGUGAGUAUCUGAAAAAGAUCACAGAAACGAAAACCCGUUUUCAAGCCGCCGUUGCCUGUCAGGAUAAGAAGAUCGCAGAGAAAUCGGCGCCGAUGGAGGAGGACCAGUCUGAGGCAAUGGAGGAUUAG